CAAAACAGCUGAAGUCAUCAACAUUAAUUUCCACAUGUUACAGACACGAUUUCUCACAAAAAUCAUGUGAAAACUUCCGUAAAUCAUCGUUUAAAGACUGCUAGUGCGCGGAAACUGACCUGCAUAGAAAGGAAGCCUCCAAUUUGUUGUUGAUCUUCAUUGUUUUGAUUUACGGGGGCUGCAAGAACACUCUCGUCGUUGGAAAAGAGAACCCGGAAAGUGGAAGACGUUUGAAAAACCGCAGCACAGGAUGUCCGACAAACUGCAGUGUCCUUACGAUCCGGUACACCAAAUCGCACCCAAUUCGUUUGGCAAACAUUUGCUGAAAUGUGAACGCCAGCAUCCGGACAUGAAGUUGGCCCGCUGUCCGUUGAACAGCUUUCACCGAUUCCCGCCCGAGCAACUCAAGGAGCACCUAAAGGUCUGUCCGAGCCGUGCGGAGCUAGAAUCCUACAAAUACACAGUAGGGACGGCGGCAAGUACUAUGUUACACACGUAUGAUUCCAAGCCACUGGAGGUCACCAUCAACACUGGUCCAAGGGCGGCGGCGGCGGCGGGCUCACUGGCGGUGGACAACGAGGUUUGGGAUGAUUUCAGCUACAAAGCUUACGAUCCGGUGGAACACUGCAAGCAGCGUCAACAGACGGAUCCAACGUUCAUCUCCCCAGCGGCCUGCAAACUCGUUGGAGGUGGCGGUUCGACAAAGGCCGAAACAGAACCACCGCCAGAGGCAGUAGCUCGUCCGCUUAUCAAACCGGAACCUGCGGCAUCCUCUGAAGACGCGCCGGUGCCAUACAAACUAACGCCAAAGCAGGAAAGUGUCCCGCCAGCGGACCGUAAACCCUACGAAACCAGUGCGCAUUCCUCCAAAAGCUAUAAACCGUAUGAUAGGGCAGAUAGAACUCGGUACGACGGUGGUGCUAGGCGAUCGAAUGAUCGGUCGUACCGAAGUUCUUCUAGCGAUAAGGAUAUCAGUCGGGGCUACGAUGAGCGAUCCCGAAGCAAACCGCAUGAAGGUCGCGUAAAGUCUAGCCGGGAGGAUUCUUAUAGAUACUUUCAUAACCGUGAUUACCAGUAAUCGAUCUUCUAGUAAAAUGAUCCAUUUUAACAAA